UCCACCCACGCUGAGGCUGAUGGGCACAUUGUGGUUCUGUUGGUUACUGACCUUAGUAACAACAUCGCUUUGUUUUGGCCUCUGUAAUAUUUCUGCUUGGGAUCUUGUGACAGUGCAAGUUUGUAGUGACAAACUUUAACUCUAAGUAUCAGUCACUAAUUCCAGAAAGAUACCUAUCAUAAUUGCAGAGCAAAGGAUGUGAACAGUAUGUGAGCUUUAUUUGCCUCUUAAUUUCCUCCAUAGCUUUGUAAGCCUGUCAAUACUGAGAAAUCUUAACCUGUAGCGGGAGAAAGCAGCCCAUCCCACUGCAAAAAUUCAGUCUGAGUCUAGUGCAGUCUUGUGGAAGUUGCAUGCGGCUAGAUAUAGGCAUGAAAGAAAAUGACCAUAGCACCAUGUAAACUGCAGCAUGUAGAAAUUGUUUAAAGGUAAAGAUCAUUCCUUACUCAACUCUAUGUACGUUGCUAGCCCUAUUUGUUAGGAUUUAUUACUUGAAACUUGAAGAGUACCUAGAAAUGUUGUACCAGAACUACAAAGGCAGAUGCUGCGUAGAACUAUUUCUUACAGCAUGAUGUUCAUAAACCUAUUGUUAAAAUGACAGGACUGUUUGUAGCUGACAAUUGCAGGAAACCUACAAUUUAUCAGUCAUGUGAGUUUUCUGUUACAGUCAAACAGUCCAAAAGCAACUCUUCUCCACCAGUCACCCCUGAUAAAUUGCCCUUUUGUCACUUUUGUUACCGGGGAGUGAUUUAGCAUCAGAGAAUCCUUGAUUGCAUCAAAAUAAUUUUCUAACCAUUAGUUAGUUUAAGGAAGAUUAUAUGAAAAGCAGAACAAAAAAAUCCUUUCCAAACACAGUAUGUAUAGAAGAGAUGUAUAUUUGAGGUUUUCUGUUUAUUUGCUGAAAGUACAAGUUUUAGAGAAUUAACAGCUGUUUUCCUUCCAUGAGACCGUUCUGUUACCUAGCCACUCAACCCAAGAUGCAAUCCAAGCAAGGUAAUUAGUGGUUGUCUAGUUGGAUUUCUGCAUAUAACAUAGAAUGUAAAAUGUUUUAGAUGACCAGAAGAAGAAAAAAGAAUGAGAUUUCUUGCAACAGAGUUUAAUCCUGGUUUUAUUUUAUGGUAUUUCUGGAAAGCUAGUUGCAAGCCUGUGGAAGAUACCUAGUGGCUUUCUGCAAAGAAUCAUCAGAACAAACCGUAAAAAAAACCAACCAAACAACAACAAAAAAAACCCCUAACCUUAGAGCUUCAACAAAUAUCAACAGUGACAAUUUACAAGAACCAUUACAGAUGCACAGACUGUCUGCAGAGAUUUGCUGCCUCAUUUGGAGGAGACCCAAGAUGAAGGCAUAGAGCCAACAGAGUCUCUGUGGACUUCCUUUGCUGAUGGCAGAGUCAGACUGAGAAUAGAUAACUCAUGUCCGCAGACUCCCAUAACAGUUCAUCAGAUGUUCAAGGAGAGCCUAGAAAAAUACGGAUCCCUUAAUGCUUUGGCCAGCAAAAAGAAUGGAAAAUGGGAGAAGAUAACUUUUUCAGAGUAUUAUUGCCUCUCCAGGAAAGCGGCCAAGAGCUUCUUGAAGCUUGGUCUUGAACGAUUCCACAGUGUGGCAAUCCUUGGAUUUAAUUCUCCAGAAUGGUUCAUCUCAGCUGUUGGAGCUGUUUUUGCUGGAGGAAUUGUCACAGGAAUCUAUACAACCAAUUCUCCAGAGGCCUGCCACUACAUUGCUCAUGACAGCAAAACCAAUAUCAUGGUUGUGGAAAAUCGGAAACAACUGGACAAGAUAAUGCAGAUCUGGAAUCGCUUGCCAUGCUUGAAAGCUGUUGUGCUAUAUAAGGACUCCAUUCCAGAGAGACAUCCAAAUUUAUAUACGAUGGAAGAGUUUCUGGAGUUGGGACAUGACAUACCUGAUACUACUUUGGAUGGUAUUAUUAACUCCCAAAAGCCAAAUCAGUGCUGUGUACUAAUAUACACAUCCGGAACGACUGGGAAGCCAAAAGGAGCCAUGCUGAGUCAUGACAAUAUAACUUGGACAUCAGCACAUUGCAGCAGAGCAGGAGAUAUGCAGCCUGCAGAGGUCCAACAGGAGUCUAUAGUCAGUUAUCUCCCACUCAGCCACAUAGCUGCACAGAUAUAUGACCUGUGGACUGGAAUCAAAUGGGGAGAGCAAGUUUACUUUGCUGAGCCAGAUGCUCUGAAGGGCAGCUUGAUCAACACACUAAAAGAAGUACAGCCAACAUCUCACAUGGGAGUUCCCCGAGUAUGGGAGAAAAUCAUGGAGAAAUUAAAGGAUGCUUCUGCUCAGUCAGGAUUUAUGAAGAAGAAAAUGGUGUCAUGGGCUAUGUCACUUAGCUUAGAGAGAAACCUAAACUGCUCAAGCAGCAGUGAUUUAAAGCAGUUCUGGACAAGGUUAGCAGACUACUUAGUGCUUGCAAAAAUACGCAAUGCACUGGGUUUUUCUUCCUGUCAGAAGCACUUUUCUGGUGCUGCUCCUCUUAAUACAGAAACACUGUAUUUCUUCUUGGGUCUGAACAUCACCCUGUAUGAAGCCUAUGGGAUGAGUGAGACCACAGGCCCACAUUGCCUAUCUGGACCUUACAUUUACAGGCAGCACAGCUGUGGUAAGCCAGUACCUGGCUGCAGAGUGAAAUUGGUGGAUGAAGAUACAGAAGGCAAUGGAGAAAUCUGUUUCUGGGGAAGGACUGUUUUCAUGGGUUAUUUAAAUAUGGAAGAUAAAACAAAAGAAGCCUUUGAUGAGGAUGGGUGGCUGCAUUCUGGAGAUUUAGGAAAACUGGACAAGGAUGGCUUUCUUUAUGUCACUGGAAGAAUUAAAGAUUUGAUUAUUACAGCUGGAGGUGAAAAUGUGCCUCCAAUUCCAAUUGAAGAUGCUGUUAAAAAAGAACUCCCAAUUGUUAGUAAUGCUAUGGUGAUUGGAGAUAAAAAGAAGUUUUUGUCUAUGUUGCUGACCCUAAAGAGUGUGCUGGACCCGGAUACAUCUGAUCCCACUGACAUUCUCACUGAGCAAGCUAGAGACUUCUGCCAGAAGACUGGUAGUAAAGCCACUAAAGUAUCAGAGAUUGUAGCUACAAGAGACCAUGCGAUCUACCAGGCCAUUCAGGAGGGAAUCAACAAAGUCAACAUGAAGGCUGCUAAUAGGGUUCAUUGUAUUAAAAAAUGGAUAGUCCUGCCAAGAGAUUUUUCGAUUUCCGGGGGAGAACUAGGUCCAACAAUGAAGUUAAAACGGCUUACCGUGCUUGAGAAAUACAGAAAUGAAGUAGACUCCUUCUAUGAAGAAUAAGAAGUCUUUCAUCCAAGCAUUAAGAAAGAUCUGUGAGCUAAAGAAAGUAUUUCCUAAUCAAAACCAUUAACGAAGAUUCAUGCUUGUUUUGAUUUUGUAGUCUAUUGAACUGAACCACUAGAAAAUUGUUGUGUCAAUUUAGUUGUUCCUGAUAUUCACCUGAUUGCUCGUCCUCUUUUUACAGAAGCAUCUACACAGCGUGUCCAUUCUCUUAAUACUGUUUCUACUUUAUGACCUAAAUGAUUAAGAUUAAAAACAUCCUCUUGUGUGGUAUAAAGCAGGUAUAACUAAUUAAUUCCUCUAGACUGAAACACAAAAAUUUUUUAUACAGUGAUUUCUCCCCCCCCCUUACAGGACGUUGCUGGUAGCUCAUGAUAUAUUUUGGUAGAUCAGUAGUUGGCAGUACUGCUUAGUGAAACUGUAAUACCACUCCAGUGAUAAAGAUAAUUAUUAAAAAAAAAAAAAAAAAUCAAAAGGGCUGUUUUUUUCCCUCGCAGAGCAGAGUUUCUUUUUGUUCACUAACACAACAUUUCAGAAUCUAAAGACACUCUUUGUGGCUAGUAUUCAAACUCCUGUGAAAACAGCAGCUCAUCAUUUCUUAAAUCCAUGUUGAAAUAAGCAUUACUAUUUCUCCUAAAAACAAUCAAAAAAGUUGGGGGAAUAGCUCCCUAAGACUGAAAGACAUAAAGUAGCAAAUAUAGGCGCUCUAACAUUAAAGCGCUAUUUAAAACAGAAACUUCUUUUAAAUUGUUUACAGCACCUUUUUUUUUUAAGCAAGAGUUUAGAAGCAAUGUUUGUCAGUGUGUAGCUGCAUGUUUAAAUAUUCACAUUAUACUAAUUCUGACAAAUGUGAGCUGCAUUUCUUCUUCUCCAUAUAAAAAGUAAAUCCUAUUAUGUGACAGACAUACUUGAUAAAGUUGUCUGAAGGUUUGCUGUUAGUAAGUGAUCUUUGAUAGAGUUAAAAUAGCUAACACAAGCAGGCAAGCUACAGCCACUGUUCUUGACCAAAAAAAAAUCAGGCAGAAUAGGGUAUUGUUUCCAGGAAAGCUCUAUUACCAGUCUUAACACAUCUUACAGACUUAAGAUUUGUUGCAAGUACCAAUAAUCAGCUCAACACGUAAGAUGAGAUGGCAGCCUAGGAUUAUAAAAACAAAACAAGCAAUAGGACUUUGAAAAGUUUAUUUUUCCCCAUUUUGUGCGCAAUGGUAAUUCAGAAGUUCUUUAACAAUAUUGAUCUAAAGGAAACAAGGAAGCAGCAGCUUGUAAAACACAGAAAGAAAUGUUGCCCUAUUCACCAAAAGCAGAGUGCACGAGGAAUAAAGCUCAUUGUCCCUCCUCCAACAUGUUGUUAGACUGUAUAAAAAAAGCUGGGAUGCUUACUUUAUAGAGUGACACUAGAAGUUGUUACUCAAAAUUGAUUUUACUUCUGAAACAACCAGCCUAAACAGUCUUAAUAGAAAGUAGCUAAGUAGAGUAAUAUCUAUUAAUAGAAUUAAGCUUUAAGAAGCCUGUUUCUGGCAGUAGGGAUAAUCCUGUGCUAUAGUUCUGAGUUUUAAAAUGUACAUUUUAUUGUAGGGUGUACUAAUGGAAGCAUACCUUAAGGCAUACAGAUCACAGUGACUCAUAUGAUGAUCUGUACGUGAUGAAGAAGGGAGGGAAAAGAGUUGCUUUUGUGCCCAUUAAGCUUAGUAAGCAGGGAAAAAAUAGUCUUGGAUCCCCUUGAAUAGGGAUGAAAUGUGUUUCUGGAACAUAGGCACCAGAACCAAACCUUUGAUCUGUCUUAAUCCAUUUAGGACUAGUCCCUUACAUUCAGAAUUUCUAGAAUAAAAUUAAUAGUCAAUACAGUAAGACACACUGAACAGACUAUGCAUAAAACUACAACACAAAAAGCAUUCUAGCAGAAGUCAUGAAAUAUUUAGUAUAAAUUUGCAAAGUUAGUACUUUCCCCUCACAAUAUAGGGCAGAAGUAAUUUUGUAUAAUUUACUCUCAUUAGAACUCUGUUGUGAAGUGUGUUUCAGAGAGGAAAACUUGUAAGAAUUAUUUUGGUAUAUAGAUUUGAAAAAUAAUUUUACUUCAACAUUAAACCUCACCCCUUUCUGGUUAAUGGUUGUGGGCUUUUUUAAAAAUACACAACUAGAUUAAAUCUCUAGAAUAUUGUAUUUCUUUAUUUGUGCCCUUGGAGGGCAAGGCUAUAUUUAAUGAAUCACCAGAGUAUCUAAACUGUUUUCUUCAUUGCUUUUAACAUGAAAUUGCUAUUUUAAGUUAUUUUAUACCCGUUUCUGUUCAUGAAGGUCAUCUUGUGCUAUUGUUAGGCUGAAAACCUAUCUUUUAAAUUUCAGUAAGAUCAGUAAAGUAGGUUUUAACCAUUAAGGUGCUUUUACAUUUCACUAAUUCUGUUACUGGUUUAUUUGUGUAAUUUUUCUUUGCGGAAAGUAAAAACCUCUAGUUGAAAUGAAAAAUGGUAGACAGUUACAGUGGCAAUAAAAGAAUUCACUUACAUAAAAAUGUUCACCAGAU